AUGUCCGAAACAGUCCAGUACAUCAAGAACAAGAUCAAGGAGGUUCUUCUGAGGCUGCUGCCAGUGGUCAAAGCCUCCAGCAAAGCUCUACUGAGCAGCUGUUCCCUCUCAGAUGAAGGAUGUUCAGCUCUGUCCUCAGCUCUCAGCUCUCCGUCCUCCAGACUGAAGGACCUGGACCUGAGAAUCCAGGACUCAGGACUGAAGGAGCUGUGUGAUGGACUGGAAAACUGGAAACUGGAAACUCUCAGGCUGAGAGUGUGUGGUCUCUCGGAGUGGAACUAUGGACCUCUGUCCUCAGUCCUCUGCUCCCAGUCCCCCAGUCUGCCAGAACUGGACUUGAGUUACAGCGACCUGCAGGACUCAGGACUGAAGAAGCUGUGUGAUGGACUGAAGAGUCCAAACUACAAACUGGAAACUCUCAGUUAUCGGUGUGUGAUGUGGGCACCCAGCCUCCCUCAUCUUAGUUGUAAAGUUUCAUUGUAGCUCCGAGAAGUGGUG